UUCACCACCGGACACCUCCACAAACACAAACUCCGUUUAGACAACUACAACUUUCUCCACUCUGCACCUCUCUCUCUCUCGCUGGCAUUGGUUUCUCAGGCACAAACCAGAACACCUCCUGUCAAAUGCUCCAUUUAAGGGAUGUUUGGUGUUCUUUGAGCUUUAUUUUCUGAUUCUCUGUUAUAAAGUUCUCAUUUUGAUAUCUCUUUGUGAUUCGCUAAGCCCUUCCUAAAGUAGCAUUUUCUUAUCAGAGUCUGAAAUCCGAGAAAAUCCAAUUCCAAGUACAUUUAAAUUGUGUUUUGUCAGAAUUCUGUGAAAACCCAAUCCAAUCCAAUCCAACCCAACAACCUAAAGGAUAUUUAACUAAUUACCCAGAUCAUACGUUUCGAUUUUCUAAGCCAAUGCGCUUUCUGUGAUCACAAAAAUUCAUAGAAUUUUUGCUCCAAAGGAAAAGGGGUUCAUGCUCUUUUCCUUCACUGUUCCAUUUGGGUCACCGGGAAGGCCUUAACUUUUGUCAAAUUGUGAUCGGUUGGUUCCCUUUACAAUCAGUCUUUAUUUUCAAAUUCAAAAUCUUAACAAAAAAAAUGUUUGAAUCCAAUCCAAACAUGCCGUUGAUUCCGUCUUCCUCUUCUUCGCGAAAGCUCCCUGAUUUCAAACAAUCCGUGAAGCUGAAAUAUGUGAAACUUGGCUACCACUACCUGAUCACUCAUGGAAUGUACUUGUUUUUAUCGCCUCUUGUUGUUGUAAUCGCAGCACAACUCUCUACAUUUUCACUCCAAGGUCUCUAUGACCUUUGGGGCCAUCUGCGGUUCAAUCUCAUAGCCGUGAUUGUAUGCUCAACUCUCCUUGUCUUCCUAUCAACCCUUUAUUUCCUUACUCGUCCCUGCCCAGUUUACCUUGUCGAUUUCUCAUGCUAUAAGCCGGAGGAUGCCCGGAAAUGCACGAGGCUGAUAUUCAUGGACCGGUCCCAGUUGACGGGGACAUUCAAGGAAGAAAACCUUGAGUUCCAACGGAAAAUUCUGGAGAGGUCAGGUCUUGGGGAGUCAACAUAUCUUCCUGAAGCGGUGUUGAGGGUUCCUCCAAAUCCAUCAAUGGCGGAGGCAAGAAAAGAAGCUCAGAUGGUAAUGUUUGGUGCCCUUGAUCAGCUUUUUGAGAAAACACGAUUGAAACCAAAAGAUAUUGGGAUUUUAAUUGUGAAUUGUAGCUUGUUUAAUCCAACACCAUCACUGUCUGCUAUGGUUAUUAACCAUUACAAGCUUCGAGGGAAUAUUGUUAGUUAUAAUCUGGGUGGGAUGGGUUGUAGUGCCGGUUUGAUCUCGAUUGAUCUUGCAAAAGAUCUUCUUCAAGUUCAUCCCAAUUCGUAUGCUUUGGUGAUUAGCAUGGAAAACAUCACUUUGAAUUGGUAUUUUGGGAAUGAUAGAUCGAUGCUUGUUUCAAAUUGCUUGUUUAGAAUGGGAGGGGCUGCGAUUUUGCUUUCGAACAAGAGGUCUGACCGAUGUCGAUCCAAGUAUCGAUUGGUUCAUACGGUUCGAACCCACAAAGGUGCGGAUGAUAAGUGCUUCUCUUGUGUUACUCAACAAGAGGAUUCCACUGGGAAGAUCGGAGUUUCUUUGUCCAAGGAUCUGAUGGCAGUUGCUGGAGAUGCUUUGAAGACUAACAUCACUACAUUGGGUCCUCUUGUGUUGCCAAUGUCUGAACAAUUGCUCUUCUUUGCCACAUUGGUUGGGAGGAAGCUUUUUAAGAUGAAGUUGAAGCCUUAUAUCCCAGAUUUUAAGCUGGCUUUUGAGCAUUUCUGCAUUCAUGCCGGAGGAAGAGCUGUGCUGGAUGAAUUGGAGAAGAACUUGAAGCUUUCAGAUUGGCAUAUGGAACCUUCAAGGAUGACCCUCCACCGUUUUGGCAACACCUCUAGCAGCUCUCUUUGGUAUGAAUUGGCUUAUACAGAAGCCAAGGGGAGGAUGAAGAAGGGAGACAGAUUGUGGCAGAUAGCAUUUGGGUCUGGGUUCAAAUGUAACAGUGCAGUUUGGAAGGCCCUACGGACUAUAAAUCCAGCGAAGGAGAAGAACCCAUGGAUGGAUGAGAUCCACCAGUUUCCAGUUAAUGUUCCUAAGGUCUCAGCCAUCUGACUUCAAGUAGUUGCAACCUUUGUGGCAGUACGUUGGGGAGAAGGGUCUUUUGCUCUUUGAGUGGUAAAAACUUCUUGUUAUCUUCUUUUCGCUGGGGAUCUGGGAUAUGAUUUUUUUGGUGGAAAGAUGUUACAAAUGCGCUUCCUUUACUAGAUCUUUCUUUAGGUUUAGUUCCCUUUGGUUGCUGUUAACUAUUACUGUUUGGCAUGGUAGUAAGGAUGCUAGUUAUGGUUUGCUGUGAGAUACCAGAUGGACCUCAAUUUAGUUCUAGUCAGAAACUGGGGUUUUGAUUUGUAACUUUCUGGCUAUUUCAUCCAGUAUUAGUUUGGAGAUAGGAGCAGGCUAGGAGAAGGUUAUUUGUUUCAUAUCAACUCAAAAGUCUGAUGGCAGUAGACUGGGAUAGUCCUUCUCGAAGGCAAUGUAACUCUAAUUAUUGAUCUUCAUUUGGAUAUGUGAAUUGCUAUCAUUAUUAUC